AGAUUGCAGAGUAUUUUAUGUUUCCAGAGCAUUGAAAAUGAUUCACUUCAGCACAGUAAUACGUAUCUCUGAUGGAAUACCACUGUCAGUCACCAGAGAUUCUUCUAUUGACAGUUCAUUUGCUGCAGCUAAGAAGAACAUAAAAUUGUUGGUUACUAAAAUUAUGCUUCAUCCCAAAAGAGUGUGUUUACUAGAAGACAUGUAUACAAUUCAUUGUGUGCACUCAUCUGUUGUGGCAUUCAUUGCUGUAUGUGAUCCUACCUUCUCACAUUUGCUGAUCCACAGCUUCCUGGAUGAACUCGACAAAGAAUUUUCAAUGCUUUAUAAUAGCUCAGUAAUAGCUGCUGUGAGGAGACCUUAUGCUUUCACUGAAUUUGACAGUUAUAUGGAGAAGAUGCAGCAAAAGUAUUGUAGCCCACAGUUUGUGGCUUCUCGAGGGAACUUGACAGACUUAAGAGCUGAAUUGAGUAUAAGUCCUCCAAUAACUCUUUCUGUUGCUGACAUAUCUCCCCCGUCACCUGCACAGCAACAUCCUAACUCUCCUAACCAUGUAUCUCUUGGGAUACAUGGAAUAAGCAAUGGAACUCUAUCUAAUAAUAAGCAUUCUGCUGAUAUAGCUCAAGUCGGUGCAUCGAAGCAACUGAUGCCUCUGUCCUUGGCUGCACGAGGCCUCAUAUCCUUAGCGGUUCUGUUCUCCACGCUGGAUGCCUACAGAGGGCUGUCUAGUCUCAGUCAAGGAGGGCUAGAGGAGUUUGAUGGAAAAUCACCAUUGCUUGGAUUUGGAUUCCUAUUGGAGUGUUCAAUUUUAGGAAGUCAGGUUCACGUGUUGCGUCGGUAUCAGCGCUUCCGUAAGCUGUGGAGCCUGGCGAGCGUGGUGCUGGUGGCGCUCGUGUCGCUGCUGCUGCUCUCAGACCGCCGGGACGCGUGGCUGUCACUGCUCUACGUCGCUGUCAGCGCUGCUCUUGCAUAUUUUACUCUCAAUAGAAACUUUCGUAAACUUAACAAAUUCAACGUAUGAUUACAGACUUGUUUCUUAGAUCUUGGAUUGACAUAUUUUUGUAUUUUUUAAGACUUUACUGGGGUUCUUUUUGUGUAUUAUUCCAUUUAAGAUGAGAUUCCAUUUAUGUAACUAUCUUAAACCGACGUCUUUCCUAGACCUCAGCCUAAUUUGUGCACUUUUCUUCUGACAAAUCUAGAGAUUCCUAUUGUUGGCACACGCACAGCAUAAACUUUCGUUCUCUACUCUGACCAUAGGUGAUAAAUAUUCUCAAGACUUCUGAACAGCUUAAUUUUUUGCAACGAGUAUACAAAUACCUUCAUUUCUGAGUUUUAUUCUCUGCUAGAACUCCCAUUAAGGUCUGAUUGCUUUUUGUCUCUUUACACCUGGCAGAACUGUUAUCCGGAGAAACCUUUAGAAAUUGCAUAUAUAUGGUUAUCUCAGAACUGAACAAUUUUUUUAAGACGCGUUGAAACGGGUGUAAUAUCAAGUACGAUUUUAAUUGACUUUAAAACAAUUUUAUGUCUAAUAGAUUUCAAAUCAUGUUCCAGUUAACUCAGCUAAUGUGAUGGGCGGAAAACUGACGACACUGGCGAGAUUUACAGUAAAAAGUACGCUUAGUUUUGCAGAUAUAAUAUUUUCAAAUAGCUAACUUUUAGUUAUUUGUUAAAAGGCGCGAUAUUUUUGGUUGUUCCUGCACUAUACAUUUGAUUUUGUAAUGAACAGAUGAUCCAUUUCACUACAGCGUAAUUCCGCGCGGCGAGGGGUUAAUGUGGUUAUAAAGAAUUGAGUAUUCUAACCUGUCAUUGAAAAUUUACUUUACACGAAGUGUUGAAGCGGCAUUUCUAACGAUGGCAUUCGUUUGUUCGAGACUUUUUUCCCUAUACCGAAUUUAGUGCUUGUAUGUUUCAUAUUAUGCGUUUUCUUUAUAUUUUCUUCAAUUUUAACAAUGUUUUGAACGUUUCUUUAUUAUAUUCGUAUUUUAAGGUCGUUAUUUAAUUUACUUCAAUACUUCGAUUAUCAUGUCUGGAUUUAGAUCUUUUAUACCAUUAUUAGGACUCGUAUUUAAUUAUAGCAAUUUUCCACUUAUUGCAAUAGUGGGUUAUAUGUAAGGCAAGUGACAAAUUUGUUAUUUAUGACUGGUAUAACCUGCGCACCAUCGCGUCUUACUUUACGUGGUGCUAAGAGACUCAUAGUAGAAAGAAAAGUCUACAUUCUCGAGGCGCCAGCCACAAAUAAUUUGGUGUUCAUGCAGAUUUAUUUUUUUAAGAUUUCAAAGUUUUGUUUAAUUUUCUUAAUUUUAAAGUUGUGCAGUUUACGACUGAGAUUUUGUUCGUUAUUUAUUUCGCUGUAUAUUUUUAUGGAUUUCCCCCAUUACAAUUAGGUUUAUCGCAGCAACAUUAUGAGGUAAUUAGAAACUUCUCCAUCCGUCAAUCAUGCUUUGGACGAUUUUAACAUUAAACUGUUACUACAAGAGCAGUUUGACUUUUUUUGCUAAUUGUAAUUAAAUAAGUGCUGCUUUAGAAGUAUGAUUGUAAAUUGUUACAAUACGUUUAUUAUAUUCUGAUCAUUGCCUGUUCAGGUUUGCUGUUGCGCUCCAGUCUCCACAUACGUUGAGUAAAGUUUUGAUUAUUUACUUUUCGGUUUCGUACAGGAUUCCUAAUUGCACGCUUCCAUUGCACAUUUUAUUCAGUAGGAAAUUAUUUUAUUUUCUCCCUUGCACCUGUGACAAAGUGCGUGUUGCUGUGAUGGUAAAAUGAUGCUCGAACAAAUCCUCGUAUCUUAAGAUGGUUUUGCGAUAGCUAGAGUUGCAGGCCUCGGCUACCUUGUAUGACCUAGUAUUUUAAACACUAUAUCUUCCUCCCCAUGUGUUACGUACAUUUGACAAGCAAGGUCUAAAUUACGAGCUGUGGGAGAGUUUGUGAGAUACAGUGAAUAAUUCUAUUUGAAAAAAAAAAAUAAUGUAACGUGCGUUUUUGAAUUAAUGACUUUUAAAUCUAUGUAUUUAUACUGUAACUUGGCACCAUCUUUAGGCUUGCAUGAACUCCUGUUACUACGGCCGUUUUCAAACGUAUGCAGGUUUAUUUUUCUAGUUGGUUUUGAAUAAUACCUUCUGUUUACUGGAUUUAUUGUUAUCAAAUAUUUAUUAUA